AAAAAAAAUGUCUUUCCUAAUGGACAGAAGCACUCCAUCAUCAACUCUUGUUCUGUGUCCUGCAAUGGAGCUCAAGGAUGAGAAGGAGACCCUCCUGUUUGACCCCUCCUUGCUUCAAAAGCAACCAAACUUACCCAAAGAGUUCAUCUGGCCUCACAAAGACCUUGUUAACACCCAAGAUGAGCUCAAAGAGCCGCUCGUAGACUUGUCAGGCUUCCUAAAAGGCAAUGAAGAAGCAACUUCCCAGGCAGCUGAGCUCAUCAGGACUGCUUGCACCAACCAUGGGUUCUUCCAAGUCAUCAACCACGGCGUCGACCCGGGCCUCAUACGUGCCGCGCAUGACGAGAUCGACACGAUCUUCAAGCUCCCCAUGAGCAAGAAGCUCGCCAUGAAGAAGAGGCCCGGAGGUGGGAAUGGUUACUCCGGCGCUCAUGCAGAUAGGUUCUCAUCCAAGUUGCCAUGGAAGGAGACAUUCUCUUUUGGGUUUCACAAGAAUGAGAGCUCUGAGCUUGUGGUGGUUGAUUACUUCAAAUCUGUCUUGGGUGAUGAUUUUCAACAUACAGGGUGGGUGUACCAGAAGUACUGUGAGGCAAUGAAGGAGCUAGCACUGGUGAUCAUGGAGUUGCUGUCGAUAAGCUUGGGGAUCGAUCGCAUGCACUACAGGGACUUCUUCGAGGAUGGGACUUCGUUAAUGAGGUGCAAUUUUUACCCGCCUUGCCUGAACCACGGGCUCACGUUGGGCACGGGUCCUCACUGCGACCCGACCUCUUUGACCAUCCUCCACCAGGACCAAGUUGGUGGCCUCCAAGUCUUUUCAAGCGAUAAAUGGCAAGCCGUCACGCCACGCCGAGACGCGCUCGUCAUCAACAUUGGAGACACUUUCAUGGCGUUAACGAAUGGGAGGUACAAGAGUUGCUUGCACAGGGCGGUGGUGGAUAGGGAGAGGGUGAGGAGGUCGCUGACGUUCUUUGCGUGCCCGAGAGAGGACCGGAUCCUGAGACCCCCGCCAGAUCUUCUCGGUACCAACAUGGAAGCGCCAAGGAAGUACCCGGACUUCACAUGGUCCGACCUCUUCGGGUUCACUCAGAACCACUACCGCGCUGAUGCCACCACCUUCGAAAGCUUCAUCAACUGGUUCCCAUCUUCCAAACCCUAAAUAUCUCUCUCUCUCUCUCUCUCUCUCUCUCUCAAGUGUUCACCUUAUUGUUCUUCUUGCUAGCCAGUUUCUCCUUCCUUUUCUCUUACUUUUUCUUUAUUAGUUUUUGGACAUGCAUGGGCUUUGGAUGCUGUGGAUCAUCAGUUGGUUUGUCUUAUAUGUGUCAUCACUUUGUCCCAUCUCUUGUCUGUACAUCCCCCAAAUCUUCCAUAUUUUGGAUCAUUUGGGCAUGUAUAUCAUUGUGUGUACGUGUUGGACUCUCUCAGCUUUCUUGCC